GUGAUAUCACAUCUAUAGCCCCGAUAACUCUAGCUUCGUGACAUCUUAUGUGUCCUACACGAAAAACGAAAGAUGCUCAAACCCUAAUGAUAAUAGCCAUCGUUGCUGCAAAACACAAAUCCCAUGUUCAUGCAACCGUGGUCUGCGCAAAGUCCAACGGAAUCCAGAUCCGAACCCGUAGUGGUGGUCACGACUUGGACGGCCUCUCCCACGUCUCCUCUAUACCUUUUAUCAUUCUCGAUAUGCACAAUCUCAGGUCUAUAACCAUGGACGUGCCAAGAAAGAAAUCUUGGCUUCAAGCUGGGGCCAUCUUGGGAGAACUCUACACAAAAAUCGCUGAAAAGAGCAAAACGCUAGCGUCUCCAGCUGGUAUUUUCCCAACGGUAAAAGCAGGAGGACACAUCAGCGAUGGAGGGUAUGGGAAUAUGAUUAGAAAACACGGUCUCUCGGUGGAUCAUGUUGUUGAUGCUCAGUUAGUUGACGUCAACGGCAGGAUCUUGAACCGUGCCUCCAUGGGGGAAGAUCUGUUUUGGGCGAUCCGAGGCGGUGGAGGUGCAAGAUUUGGCGUUAUUUAUCGCAGAUGCAAAUGA